AUGGAGUUUAAAAAUUUAAUCCUGUAUCUUGCAGGAUUAUCUUUAGCAUUAUCAUACGAUGAUUUAUCUUACAAUAAAGACGCCACACAAUCACGCACAUAUAUAGAUUCGGAUAAGUACGCUGCUCGUGUUGCUGUUGAUAGAAUAACAUCGUCGUGUAUGAGAACAAAGGAAAUAGGUCACAGCUCCCCAGAUAAGACAGUAUGGUGGAAGGUGGAUCUUGGAAAAGUGCUCAGCAUUUACAGUGUUGCCAUUCUUUUUAAGAAUUACGAGGGUUAUGAGACAAGACAACGUGGCCGAUUUGCUGGAUUUUCUCUGUAUGUAUCUGACAUUGAUGUAUCAACAGAUAGUGAUAUCAGGGGUUCAACUCUGUGUUACAAGGACGGUACUCAAUUACCGCCAUUGAAUAUAACAAUCACGUGUUCUGAAUAUGGUCGUUACGUUAUAUUCUACAACGAACGACUAGUUGGAAAUAUCUACCCUGCAGGAUAUGAACUUGUAAAUGUCGUUACUGAACUUUGUGAAGUCGUCGUUGAAGGUUGUGAAACAUUUGUAUAUGGCAGAAGCUGUAACAACUCAUGUCCAAACAACUGUAAAUACAGGAAAUGUCACGUACAACAUGGAUCAUGUUUUCUCUGCAACUCUGGAUGGUUGGGGAUAUUUUGCGAUACAAAAUGUAGUGAAGGGUUGUACGGUGUUAACUGUAGUCAACGGUGUAAAGGACACUGUAGAGACGGUACCACCUGUAAUCACGUGACUGGUCUGUGUGACAGAGGGUGUGGUUCUGGGUGGACAGGAUUAAACUGUGAAAAAACGUGUGAUGACGGUACUUUUGGUUACGACUGUCUGAACAACUGUAGUGGUCGCUGUCUGAAUGGUUCUCUCUGCAACAAACAGACUGGUCACUGUGACAUGGGAUGUGACCCGGGAUAUACCGAUAGCGACUGUAGCAAAGAAUGUGUAAAAUCCUAUGGUGAAAACUGCAAACACCCCUGCAGUCAGCAUUGUAUAAACCAGACAUGUGAUAGAUUUACUGGAAAAUGUUUAUCCUGGUGUCACGAGGGUUUUUAUGGAGAAAAGUGUACUCAAGAAAGUCAAGAGAGAAAUCAAUAUGCAGAGCAUAUUACACCCUGGAUAGCUGCAUUUUCCAUAGUCCUUUUCAUUGUAGUGCUUCUCAUAACGGGCGGAUUUUUUUCCUUUUGGAUACUUAAUAGAAGACUGUUUCACGGUGAUAUCCGCUUGUGCUGGAAAUCUUUGUUCCAAUCCAACACAAAAACAUCAACUGACAAAGCUGACUAUAAAGAACCGUGCCCUAAUACCAAUACCAACUACCAAGAAUUAAACCCUAAUACAGUUAAUCAAGAACUAAACCCAAAUACCAACUACCAAGCACUCAAACUACAGCAGGUUGACGAAAAUGACUAUCAAAACACAACACUUUGACAUCAUAAAAUGUACCUUGUGAUUAAGUUUUGUAAUUUUGUGAUUGGAUAAAUCUGUCGCACAAAAAUUAAAGGCAUGUAAACACAUUGGUACAUGAAAACGUAUCUGAUAAAGUCGACUGCUUA